GUAACUCCUUCACCGUUACAUACCUACAUCUCUCUCUCCCUCUCUACACACCCUUGGUGUCGAGGGAACCUGUGUUUAAUUCGCUUCUAAUUCUCCGCAUUUCACGAGAUCAGAUUUUUCAAGCAGAAUUGAGUUUUAUUGCUUUGGAGACAGAGAGAGUUGUACAUUUUUCUAUUUGACCGCGGCUGCAGCUACGAAUUCCUGGUUAAACAUCCGUUGCAAAAGGUCUGCCCUUGGCUUUCACCUCGUCUUAUCACGCGUGAAGUCCAAAAUAUUAAGUGACAGUUAUCAUCUUGCUCAAUUAGCAUAUCUGUGUAUGCUGUUUGGACAGUGUUACCCGGGGUAUUAUUAGAAAUUGUUCAGCAAGAACAAGUUCAACGUUUGUGGCUUAAAGAGAUGAGCUAAUGGAUGUACAGCAAACACUAUCUAGGUCUGGUUGAGCGUUUACAAAAUGCAAUUUUCUUAUUGAUGCUGAAUACAUGGGGCGUCAGGUGGAGAUUGCACUUCUUUGUUUCAUUAACUUGGUCUGGUUUCAGCAGACUCUAUCUGAUGGGCCUGCAACAAGUUCCGACACGAACAAGUGGACAUGCACAUGCUCUAUUGCACGUGAACAAACUUUGCCAUUUGGCCUGGCAAACUGCUCUUCUUCCUGUGAUUGUAGCCCUGUCGCAGGAGGAUCGGACAAAAAUAGAUGGACUUGCAUUUGCAAUACUGGUGGGUUACCUAGGUUAGUAGGCGAAGAAAAUGGAAGCAGCUGUUUUGCUGCAUGUAACUGUAAUGCUGGGACUUUAUCCGAGUUAGAGCCUUCAAAGAAAAGGUUUCCAGUCAAAGUUGUGUUCAUAGUUGUCUUACUCUGUCUCGUCCUGACGGCUAUUGGACUGGCUGCUAUAAUGUUAUGGCAUGUCUAUCGGAAGGACAAGCAACCAGUCCAAUGGGCUUCAUCUUCAUCAGAUAGACUAACAAGUUGCAGUAGUGCUGUAAACAUAAUGAGCCACGGUUCUUCUCCUAUGCCAGUAUACAAAGGAUAUCUAGAUUCCUCUGUACCUUGUAUGGGAUGCAUUCCCCAGAAUCCAUUCCUGCUGAGAAGAGGAACAAAAGCACUGCAUGGAACGAUAAUACAGUUUUCGUAUUCUGAGCUGGAAAAUGCAACAGACAAAUUUUCUGAUACUAAUUUGGUUGGAGUUGGAGGAUGCAGCCACGUCUACCGUGGUAAUCUGAGAGAUGGUAGAACAGUUGCAGUCAAGAGAAUGAAACUGGAAGGUGGCCCGGACGCAGAACAUGUUUUCCUGACUGAGAUACAACUGAUUGCAAGACUUCACCACUGUCAUGUGGUUCCUUUGCUUGGGUACUGCUUGGAACACCAAUGGAAGAAUGCUGAGAGGCUACUGGUAUUUGAGUAUAUUCCCAAUGGUAAUCUCAGGGAAUGUCUCGAUGGGGAACUAGGCCACUGUUUGGAUUGGAAUACACGAGUUUCAAUAGCUCUUGGAGCUGCACGAGGUUUGGAGUAUCUCCAUGAUGCUGCUGCACCUAGAAUAUUGCACAGAGAUGUCAAAUCCACGAACAUUCUCUUAGAUGAAAGCUGGAGAGCCAAGAUUACGGAUCUUGGCAUGGCUAAACACCUUCAGAAUGAUGGCAUUGUCAGUUGUUCCGGUUCUCCAGAUAGAAUGCAAGGGACCUUCGGUUACUUUGCACCAGAGUAUGCUAUUGUUGGACGAGCUUCUCUAAAGUCUGAUGUUUUCAGUUUUGGCGUAGUUCUUCUUGAACUCAUCACUGGUCGAAAGCCCAUCCACAAGUCAUCCAACAAAGGGACAGAAAGUCUCGUGAUAUGGGCAACAGCUCGUCUGCAUGACAGUAAGAGAGUGAUACAUGAGUUGCCAGACCCGCGUCUCCAAGGAAAGUUUGAAGAAGAAGAGAUGCAGGUAAUGGCCUACUUAGCAAAGGAGUGCCUGCUGCUGGAUCCUGAUUCUCGACCAACCAUGAGCGAAGUGGUCCAGAUUCUUUCGACUAUCGCUCCAAACAGAUCUAAACGGAAUAAUCUGCCAGUACGCGCAUUUCAGUGUGGACUGAAGAGUGAGAAUCCAGAGAUGAGUGAUGGAGAAGUUCACGAUUCCUCCUCCUCGUCGACAGAAGAGAUCAAGCAAAUCACAUCCGAGAUCAUCAAGAAUGAUAAGGAAGCAGAUGAGUCGCAAUCCGAUGUAGAGAAGCUGAUGCUCCUCACCUCAAAGAGACGAAGCUCGCGGGGCCUACAAGACGAGGAAGUGGUGGUGGAUUUAACAGAGCCGCGGUUGGAGUCAUUCUGCCUUCCAAACGUUUGAGUCCCAUGUUCUCAAGAUUUCAUACGCAGGUACAUAAACUAGCACGCAUGAGCAGCUGCUUUGUUCUAACAUUGUUGGUUUAGCAUUAAGGAAGUUAUAGGUCAAGUUUGCAGAGAGCUCAUGAAAUGCUCUUUUACAGUUUCACUUGCAGUCGUUCUAGUUUUUUUUCUCUUUACACUUAUUUCUUGUAAUUUUGUACCCAUAUAAUUAAAAUAGUAAUUUAAAAUCAUGAUUUUGUACCCAUACACUUA